AUGACAAUGCCUCAUCAUUAUGGUUUAGAACUUACCACGCAGAUUCGGCCUGAAAAGAAGCUGACAAAAGAUGCUAUGGAAAGAUAUUUACUUGAUCGCAAUGACUUGGUUUUAGUCAUUCUUCAUGCCAAAGUUGCCCAAAAGUCUUAUGGUACUGAAAAACGUUUUUUCUGUCCACCUCCAUGUGUAUAUCUUCAUGGUGAAGGUUGGAAGUUACGUCAACAACAGCUGCUUAGGGAAGGAGUGACUGAAACUAAUUCUCAAAUGAGUGCGUUUAUUGGCAUUGGUAGUGCGGAUCAAGAUUUGCAACCACUUGAUCUCAAUAACAUUAAAAAGUAUUGUGCCGCUAAAACAUUAUUUAUAUCCGAUUCUGACAAACGCAAGCACUUUAUGCUUAUGGUACGAAUGUUCUACAACAAUGGCUAUGACAUUGGAACUUUCCACAGCAAACGAAUCAAAGUAAUAUCCAAACCUUCAAAAAAAAAACAAUCCUUAAAAAACGCUGAUUUAUGUAUUGCUAGUGGUACAAAAGUGGCAUUGUUCAAUAGGCUUAGGUCACAAACAGUGAGCACUCGAUAUUUACACGUUGAAGACGAAACCUUCCAUGCCAGUUCAACACAGUGGGGAGCUUUUAUCAUUUACUUAUUGGAUGAUGAUGAAAGCGAAAGUGACAUGUUCAAUGUUCGAGAUGGUUACAUUCACUAUGGUAGUACAGUGAAAUUAGUGUGCAGUGUUACUGGGAUGGCUUUACCUCGACUAGUCAUCAGGAAAGUUGAUAAACAAACAGCAUUGCUAGAAGCCGAUGAUCCGGUGUCACAAUUGCACAAAUGUGCGUUUUACAUGAAAGACACUAAUCACAUGUAUUUAUGUUUAUCCCAAGAACGUAUAACAAAUUUUAAUGCCACACCAUGUCCAAAAGGGCCAAAUAAAGAAAUGAUCAAUGAUGGAGCUUGUUGGACCAUCAUCAGUACAGACAAAGCAGAAUACAAAUUUUAUGAAGGAAUGGGACCUGUAAAUUCACCUAUAACACCUGUACCAGUAGUGCACGGUCUUAACACUAAUGGUGGGGGUGAUGUGGCCAUGUUAGAACUGAGUGGAGAAAAUUUCACACCACAUCUACAAGUAUGGUUUGGAAAUGUUGAGUCUGAAACUAUGUUCCGUUGCCAAGAGAGUAUGAUUGCAGUUGUGCCAGAUAUCUCUUCAUUUAGAAGAGACUGGUCAUGGGUGAAACAGCUAACGCAAGUACCAGUGUCAUUAGUAAGAAAUGAUGGCAUUAUCUACGCUACAGGAUUGACUUUUACGUAUACUCCUGAACCAGGUCCAAGAAAUCGUGUAACACCAGCCGACAAAAUAAUGCGAACAUCUACUUCAAAAAAUAAUUUUUCAUUAUCACAUAUCAUGAGUUGA